CGCAACGCGAUUGAUUCAGCGGAAAAGCAGUAGGUUGCGUACCAAGGACAGAUAAGAAUGGAUCCUGAGCGAUUUCGUCAUCGUCUCAUCGAUGAUCGCGUGUUCUGGAUGAUCACGCGGAGACUGUCAGUCGUCGUCGACGUCGCGUCAGAGCAGGACAUACCACGUUCCAGAUGCACCGAUCCGUUUCGCCACAACAAUCACACACCGACACAUACAACGCUGCGAUCUGUCAAACUAGCAGCGAAAGCGUCCGCCGACGAAUCUUGCAACUUGGUGCCCCUCGCUCGGUCCUUUGUUCUCGGUAACGCUGCGGAAGGAGCAUAUUAGAAAUGCGAAUAAUAUUCGUGAAAUUUCGCGAAAUCUCGCACAAAUACCCGAUCAUUCGAGGUAUGGUGUCUUAUUCGAUUAUAUGGCCAACCGGAUGCCUGUUGCAACAGAAAAUAAUAGGAAAGGAGGAAUUUAAUUAUGCAGAGGCUGCGCGGUUUAGUUUGUACGGUGGCCUUUAUGUGGCACCUACCUUGUACUGCUGGCUGAAAUGUGCAUCUUAUCUUUGGCCGAAAGCAAAUUUAAAGUCUGCAAUCACUAAGGCUUUGGUUGAGCAAGUUACGUAUAGUCCUGCAGCUAUGUGUUCCUUCUUUUUUGGCAUGAGUUUUCUUGAAUUAAAGCCAGUUUCGGAAUGCAUUGAGGAAGUCAAAAUUAAAUUCUGGCCAACAUACAAGAUUGGCAUUUGUGUAUGGCCAAUUCUGCAAACCAUCAAUUUCAUCCUGAUUCCGGAACGGAACCGCGUUGUGUACGUCAGUGUAUGCAGUUUGAUUUGGACUUGUUUCCUUGCAUACAUGAAAUCUUUUGAAGCCAAGCGAAAGCAAAAGGAACUAGACAUUAAUGACAUUAAACCUAAGAUUAUAUUAGAGACACAAUCUGACAGAAGAUCCAGCCACAUUCAGAUUCCUCUAUUACGAUGAAAGAUUUAAGAUAUUGCUAUUAGCUAAUUUAUCUAGAAUAUUUGCUAUUAGUUAAUUUAUUUGUAUAUAAUUUAGAAGGACUUGCAUAUAAAUUGGAUAAUAAUGUAUAAUUGGACAAGCUGCAUAUUUGUACUUUAUUACUGUAUAAUAGGAUAUUUACAACAUUCAUAGUACAAAAGUAUUA